AUGAGUACACAAUCAUCGAGGGUACGAAGCCCAGCAGAUGUUGGUGGGCCAUCUGCCCCCCCACCACCGCUGCCCGAAGGAUGGCUUGCACAGUGGGAAGGGACACUACAAAGGUGGUAUUUUGUCCAACCCGCCACAGGCAAAUCGCAAUGGGAAGUGCCCACUGAGCCUUUUAUCCCUACUCCGUCUUCAACGCCUCACUCUGUUGCAAGUCCGGGUCCGUACCAUGCUCCGCGAGCAGCAAGCCUGGCGCCGUCCGAGACCGAAGCCGCUUCAAGAGAAUUUCAAGAGUUAAGGAGUGGGAAAUUCUCCGGCACCAGCGGUUUCUCUAACCCUUCAUUCGGAAAUAUGCAGCCUUCACCAUAUCAGCAGGUCUCGACUCCUGGAUCCCAACGCACUCCUACUCUCAGUGGCACGCCAACUCAGAGCGAUCAAAUGCACUCAUCCAGGCCGCCUAGCCAAGGCAUUCUUGGGCAGGUUGCAUCCGAUCUAGCGAGCCGAGCCAACUCUGAUGACAUGGUCGAUGUCCAAAAAUCCGUAUGUAUACCUUACAGCUCCUUAGUCAUUGUUAAGGGUGGACUGAACGAUUAA